AUGGCCGCGUUCGUUCCACGCCAAGUUUUUCCCCAUUAUGGGGCCAUUCCGAGGUCCUAUUUCCUAGGACACCACCGAGCUGGACUCAGCAAAAUGAAGAGCAUGCUGGCGUCCAUUGACUACGUCGUCGAAUGUCGCGACUACCGCGCGCCAGUGACAUCGAUCAAUCCAAUGUUUGAAGAAGCCUUGGGCAAGACGAGGCGGCUGAUUGUCUACACCAAAAGAGAUCUUGGGAACAUUCCCCAAUCACCUGCACAGAGACUCGCAGAGAAAAAGAUUCAGAGUUUCGAUCCGGAUAGCGCAGUUUUCUUUGUCGACUCCUCGUCCCGUCAGGGUAUCAACCAGAUAAUCAAACACCUCCGCAACGACGCCGAGGCCCCAGACAGGCUAGUUGGGUGCCGCGUACUGGUGGUCGGAAUGCCCAAUGUCGGCAAGUCGACCCUAAUCAACCACCUGCGCAAUCAAGGCAUGGGGAAAGCGAAGGCAUUGAAAACUGGGGGGCAACCCGGUAUCACACGGAAGAUAGCCAGUCCAGUCAAAAUCAUCGAACGCGAGAGCGGGUCUCACGUGUACGUGCUGGAUACACCAGGAGUGUUCAUGCCCUACGUUUCAGACGCGGAGAACAUGCUCAAGUUGGCGCUCUGCGGCUGUGUCAAGGACGCGGUUAUCUCACCAGUCACUUUGGUGGACUAUCUUCUAUACAAAGUCAACUUGCAUGAUGCGCAGGCGUAUCAACGCUGGUCGGCCCCGACAAACGAUGUGGUGCCAUUUCUCGAGACAUUCGCGCGCCGAACCGGUCUGCUGGGGAAAGGCGGCGUCCCCAUUGUGGAGUCUGCCGCGCUGAAUUUUAUUCAGAAAUGGCGUGCAGGCGACGUGGGCCGGUUCAUGCUCGAUGACUUGGAGGCGGAAGAACGGCGCCGGGAUGAUCCUGAGCAACCCGCCCGCCUGAGCAUGACCCAGGCGCUAAGAAACGAACGAAUGACUCGCAAGAACAAACUGGAUGUAAAUAAGAACUCCGCAUAA